AUGGAUAAAAAAGAAUUAACCUGUGAGUUGGGUCCGCCAUGUAGCCUCGUACUGGCCGAUGGAUCGGUGUAUCAGGGCCGAAGUUUUGGAGCACAAGUUCCGAUCGAGGGGGAAGUCGUAUUCCAGACUGGUAUGGUUGGAUAUCCUGAGUCACUAACUGAUCCCUCCUAUCACGCACAAUUAUUAGUACUCACUUAUCCAUUGAUCGGCAAUUAUGGCGUGCCAGAUGAGAGGGAACGUGAUGAGCAUGGCAUACCCAGAUGGUUCGAGUCCGAGCGAAUUUGGGCAGCCGGAUUAAUAGUAGGUGAAGUGAGCACACACGCUUGCCACUGGCGAGCACACCGCUCCUUGGGUGCAUGGUUGAAAGCACAUGGUAUACCUGGACUUUGCGGCGUGGAUACGCGUGCUCUUACUCAUCGCCUCCGAGAGGGCAUUAUGUUAGGUCGCAUUGUCCAAGGAGUACCACCAUUUCCACCCCUACCUCCUUUAUCAGACCCUAAUGAAAGGAACUUAGUUGCAGAGGUCUCUACAAAGGAACCAAAAAUAUUUAAUCCGAAUGGGGAAAUCACAAUAAUGGCGGUCGAUUGUGGCUUAAAAUAUAACCAAAUACGAUGUUUAAUAAGAAGAAACGCCAAAGUGAUUUUGGUACCUUGGAACUAUAAUUUAGAUCCAAAUGAUUUUGACGGAUUGUUUAUAAGUAACGGCCCAGGUGAUCCAGAAGUCUGUAAAGUAGUUGUAGAAAAUUUGAAAAGAGUUAUUGAAAAUCAAGAUAUAGUGAAACCAGUAUUCGGUAUUUGUCUCGGCCAUCAAUUACUUGCAACUGCUGCUGGGUGUAAAACAUAUAAAACGAGGUACGGUAAUCGUGGUCACAACUUACCAUGCACUCACAGCACAACAAAAAGGUGUUUUAUGACUUCGCAAAAUCACGGAUUUGCCGUUGAUGCAAAUACACUCUCAGAAAAUUGGAAAGUAUUAUUCACUAAUGAAAACGACAAAACUAAUGAGGGUAUAAUACACAAAUCAGCACCAUUUUUCAGUGUUCAAUUUCAUCCCGAACACACGGCUGGACCAACAGACCUUGAAUGUCUUUUUGAUAUUUUUAUAGAAGGGGUGAAGCUAUAUAAAAACAACACGGUUUGCUGUCUCGAUGAAAUGAUCACAGAGAAAUUUAAUUACACACCAACUAUUCCAGAUAGACCGAAAAAAGUUUUAAUUUUAGGUUCAGGAGGCUUAUCUAUCGGUCAAGCAGGUGAAUUUGAUUACUCAGGAUCCCAAGGUGUAAAAGCUAUGCAGGAAGAAAAAAUUCAAACAGUAUUAAUAAAUCCAAACAUAGCAACAGUUCAAACAUCUAAAGGCUUGGCUGAUAAAGUUUACUUCCUACCUAUCACUCCUGAAUAUGUCGAGCAAGUGAUAAAAGCUGAACGACCAACUGGAGUUUUACUAACCUUUGGAGGACAAACGGCGUUAAAUUGCGGAGUGGAAUUACAAAAAUCAAAAGUCUUUGAAAAAUAUAAUGUCACUGUUCUUGGAACCCCAAUUCAGUCAAUUGUAGAUACCGAAGAUAGAAAAAUUUUUGCAGAAAAAAUUAAUCUAAUUGGAGAAAAGGUUGCACCAAGCGCUGCAGUAUCUUCAGUUGAUGAAGCCCUUGCAGCAGCUCAUCAGAUUGGGUAUCCUGUGAUGGCUCGUUCGGCUUUUUCUCUCGGUGGAUUAGGUUCAGGGUUCGCAAAUAAUGCGGAUGAAUUAAAAACACUAGCUCAUCACGCGCUUUCACAUUCUGAACAAUUAAUUAUUGAUAAAUCAUUAAAAGGAUGGAAAGAAGUAGAAUAUGAGGUCGUUAGAGAUGCUUAUGAUAAUUGUAUUACUGUGUGCAAUAUGGAAAAUGUAGAUCCUCUUGGUAUUCAUACUGGUGAGUCAAUUGUAGUAGCUCCAAGCCAAACAUUAUCUAACCGAGAGUAUUACAUGUUACGUAAUACAGCCAUAAAAGUAAUAAGACAUUUUGGUAUUGUGGGAGAAUGUAAUAUACAAUACGCUCUUAAUCCCAAUUCAGAAGAAUUUUAUAUUAUAGAAGUAAAUGCCAGAUUAUCAAGAAGUUCUGCAUUAGCAAGUAAGGCAACAGGAUAUCCUUUAGCAUAUGUUGCAGCUAAGCUUGCGCUUGGUAUCCCACUACCUGUAAUAAAAAACUCUGUUACUGGAGUAACCACAGCCUGCUUUGAACCAAGCUUAGAUUACUGCGUUGUGAAGAUACCCAGAUGGGAUUUAGCUAAGUUUAAUAGAGUAAGCACUAAAAUUGGAAGUUCCAUGAAAAGUGUGGGAGAGGUUAUGUCGAUUGGCAGAAAUUUCGAAGAAGCUUUCCAAAAAGCACUACGCAUGGUCGAUGAAAAUGUGAAUGGUUUUGAUCCAAAUAUAGAGAGAGUAAACGAAAACGAGUUAAGAGAACCAACUGAUAAAAGGAUGUUUGUACUAGCUGCUGCUCUUAAGGAGGGUUAUACAAUAGACAAACUGUAUGAUCUUACUAAUAUUGACCGAUGGUUUUUAGAGAAAUUUAAAAAUAUCAUUGAUUAUUAUAAAAGCCUUGAAGCCACUUCUCCUGCUUCGAUUACGUUUGAUAUUUUAAAGAAAGCUAAGCAAAUUGGAUUUUCAGACAAACAAAUUGCAGCCGCAGUUAAAAGUACUGAAUUAGCAGUUCGGAAACUAAGGGAAGAAUAUAAAAUUAUUCCUUUCGUAAAACAAAUUGAUACAGUGGCAGCCGAAUGGCCGGCAUCCACUAAUUAUCUUUAUCUGACGUACAACGGCAGUACACAUGAUUUGGAUUUUCCUGGAGGGCAUGUAAUGGUACUUGGGUCAGGUGUUUACAGAAUUGGAAGUUCAGUUGAGUUUGACUGGUGUGCUGUAGGAUGUUUGAGAGAGCUGAAAAAUCAGGGUAAAAAGACUAUAAUGAUCAACUACAAUCCUGAAACUGUCAGUACUGAUUAUGAUAUGAGUGAUCGAUUAUAUUUUGAAGAAAUCUCGUUUGAAGUUGUCAUGGAUAUUUAUAACAUUGAAAAACCUGAUGGAGUUAUAUUAUGUAUGGGAGGACAGUUACCGAAUAACAUAGCAAUGGAUUUGCACAGACAACAAGCAGUUAUUUUGGGAACUUCGCCUGAUAUGAUAGAUAAUGCGGAAAAUAGGUUUAAAUUUUCCCGUAUUCUAGAUCGGAAAGGCAUAAUGCAACCAAGAUGGAAAGAACUAACAGAUCUUGAAUCGGCCAAAUCCUUUUGUGAAGAAGUAGGAUUUCCAUGUUUAGUGAGACCUUCAUACGUUUUAAGCGGUGCUGCUAUGAAUGUAGCGCAUUCAAAUCAAGAUUUGGAAGUAUAUUUAAAAUCGGCAAGUAAAGUUAGUAAAGAUCAUCCAGUAGUUAUUUCAAAAUUUAUUAUGGAUGCUAAAGAAAUUGACGUUGAUGUAGUGGCUGCAGACGGAGUAAUUCUUUGCAUGGCCGUAUCUGAACACGUUGAGAAUGCUGGUGUUCAUUCUGGUGAUGCUACUUUAGUAACACCACCACAAGAUAUUAAUAAUGAAACAUUAGAUAAAAUAAAGGAAAUUGCAAGAAUCAUAUCAGAAACGUUAGAUGUCACCGGACCGUUCAAUAUGCAACUUAUAGCAAAAGAUAACGAUUUAAAAGUAAUUGAAUGUAAUGUGAGAGUAUCUAGGUCCUUUCCAUUUGUUUCAAAAACUUUAGACCAUGACUUCGUUGCGGUAGCAACCAAAGUAAUUCUAGGUAUUCCGGUAGAGCCCGUAAACGUGAUGGCCGGAUGUGGCAAGGUGGGUGUAAAAGUGCCACAGUUUUCCUUUUCAAGGUUAUCUGGAGCAGAUGUAACCUUAGGCGUAGAAAUGGCAUCAACAGGUGAAGUAGCAUGUUUUGGUGAGAACCGUUAUGAAGCAUACUUAAAAUCACUGAUGAGCACUGGAUUUAGAAUACCAAAAAAAGCAAUAUUGUUAUCUGUUGGCACAUUUAAGCACAAGAUGGAAUUAUUACCGAGCGUUCGCAUUUUACAUAAGAUGGGUUAUAAAUUGUAUGCUAGCAUGGGAACAGGAGAUUUCUACACUGAGCAUGGUGUUGAGGUUGAAAGUGUACAGUGGACAUUCGAUCACAUUGGUGACCCGGAGGACGCAAGAUCUGAUGGCGAAUUAAUGCAUCUUGCUGAUUUUAUGGCGAGACGUCAGUUGGAUCUUGUUAUAAAUCUACCAAUGAGAGGAGGCGCACGUCGUGUAUCAUCCUUUAGUACGCAUGGAUAUCGUACUCGGCGUUUGGCCGUUGAUUAUGCAGUGCCUUUAGUCACAGAUGUCAAAUGCGCAAAACUUCUGGUUCAGGCCAUGCUACAAUGUGGUGGUGCCCCGAUGAUGAAAACACAUACAGAUUGUAUGACUUCACGUAAUAUAAUUAAAUUGCCCGGGUUCAUUGACAUCCACGUCCAUGUUCGUGAACCUGGAGCAACAUACAAAGAAGAUUUUGCAUCUUGUACUGCUGCUGCUCUCGCGGGUGGUGUUACUAUGAUCUGCGCAAUGCCAAAUACUAACCCACCUUUAGUAGAUCGUGCAGCAUAUGACUACGUAUCCGCUUUAGCACGAGUUAGCGCUCGUUGUGAUUACGCACUAUUUGUAGGUGCGUCUUCAGCAAAUUGUGACACAGUUUUUGAACUUGCACCACAAGCUGCUUCUUUAAAAAUGUAUCUAAAUGAAACCUUUACAACUCUGAAACUUGACGAUAUGUCUGUCUGGCAUCGACAUCUGCAGAACUGGCCUAAAAAAAUACCAAUUUGUGUCCAUGCUGAACGAGAAAAAACAGGGGCCGUUAUUUUGAUGGCAUCGCUACUCGAGCGACCAGUCCAUAUAUGUCAUGUCGCUAGAAAAGAAGAAAUUUUAAUAAUUAGAGCAGCCAAAGAGAGAGGCCUGAAAGUAACUUGCGAGGUAUGUCCACAUCACUUGUUUUUAAGCACUAACGAUAUCGAACGUAUUGGUGUAGGUCGAUCUGAAGUUCGGCCUGUUCUGUGUAGUCCUGAAGACCAAUCAGAACUAUGGAAAAACAUGGAUAUUAUUGACGUAUUUUCCACAGAUCAUGCCCCUCAUACAGUUGAAGAGAAAAAUUCUGAGAAACCUCCCCCAGGAUUUCCAGGCUUAGAGACAAUUUUACCACUACUUCUUAACGCUGUACAUCAAGGGCGUCUUACAAUUGAAGAUAUUAUCAACAAAUUUCAUAGAAAUCCACGGAAAAUAUUCAAUUUACCCGAACAACCAAAUACUUAUGUUGAAGUAGAUAUGGACUACGAGUGGACUAUUCCAAGUGCUAUGGAAUUUUCAAAGUCUAAGUGGACUCCUUUUGCUGGAAUGAAUGUUUGUGGAGCAAUUCAUCGAGUUACACUUCGUGGAGAAAUCGCCUAUGUUGAGGGACAAAUCCUUGUGCCACCAGGAUUCGGACAAAAUGUACGUGAAUGGCCUUCUCCUAAAAAACAAUCAUUCCCAGCAUAUGCUAUCGAAAAAGUUGAAAAAGAAGUAAGUCGACCAAACUCUGCUCUUGAUCAACAUGCCUCAAUAGAAUUUAGUCGAUUAAGUGACUUUGACUUAGAUCAAAUUGAAUCAAAUAGGCCUGAUGGACAAAGUAAAUUAAAUGUCCACUUUAAUGAAGUUACGGGCUUAAGAAGCGUGUCACCACUUCCUCCACAAACAACUAUGAGACCAAGAUGUGAUAGUGCCUCUUAUAAUAAUCCUCCACAUACUUCGCUAUCUCAGCGUCAACGCAGUGACUUAUUUGGUAAAAGUAUAUUAACAGUAGACUCGUUUAGUAAAGAAACCCUAAACGAUAUUUUUAAUCUUGCUCAAUUCAUGAAAACUAGCGUAAGUAAAGGACGCUAUUUAGAUGAUAUAUUGCGAGGAAAAGUUAUGUCAUCAAUAUUUUAUGAAGUAAGUACCCGAACUAGUUGCAGCUUUGCAGCCGCCAUGCAGAGAUUAGGAGGUUCUGUUAUACACACGGACGCUACGAGCUCAUCAGCCAAAAAAGGAGAGACAUUAGAAGACAGUGUAGCUGUUAUGGCCAGUUAUUCUGACAUAGUAGUAUUGAGACAUCCAGAACCGGGUGCAGUCGCGCGCGCAUCACGCCAUUGUCGCAAGCCAAUUAUCAACGCUGGAGAUGGCGUAGGAGAACACCCCACUCAAGCGUUACUAGACGUUUUCACAAUUAGAGAAGAAAUUGGUACAGUUAAUGGUCUUACUAUAACAAUGGUAGGAGAUCUAAAAAAUGGGCGGACUGUUCAUUCUUUGGCUAAACUAUUGACGUUGUAUCACGUUCAGUUGCAAUAUGUUAGUCCGCCAGGACUGGGAAUGCCUAAACAUAUUAUGGAAUAUGUAGCAUAUAAAGGAAUACCACAGAAAGUUUUUGAAAGGUUAGAAGAUGUCUUGGGUGAUACUCAUGUUUUAUACAUGACGAGAAUACAGCGGGAAAGGUUUGAAAGCACAGAGGAAUAUGAAAAGAUGCGCGGAUUGUUAGUAGUGACACCACAGCUAAUGACGCGUGCUCGACGUCGCAUGGUUGUGAUGCACCCAUUACCCAGGGUCGACGAAAUCUCACCAGAAUUUGACUCAGACCCGCGCGCUGCCUACUUCCGACAAGCAGAAUACGGAAUGUAUGUGCGAAUGGCAUUACUCGCAAUGGUUGGUGGAGCAAAUCCCCUUGUGUAG